GUGGCAGCGAGGGCCGGAGGAGGAAAAACAAGGCCAGGAAAGCUGUUAUCACAUGAUGUAGACUCGUCCGACUGGUCGAAUGGGUCGAACACCGGUGCAAGACUUUCGUUCAAAGCGUUGAUUGACUUUUAAGUGCAUAAACUAUUUGCAAAUUGCUUUCAAAUCGCUGGAAAGUAAGUGAAAUUAAAUUUGGCAUGUUUCUGUAAUAAUGGUGAUUAAUUAAUAUCGCAAAUCGAGCGAUACACUUAUGAAUCAUUAAAAUCACGCACUCAAAUUAAUACGCAGUCAUAAAAGUUUGUGCACUUAUAAACAAUAAAUGACUCACGUGUGGAUCACAUAAGAAAGUGAUUUCAUUGCUACGGUUAUUUUUUCAAAAGGAAACAUGCCAUGUGAAAUAUUACUGCCAAGAGAAUUAAUUGAAUUGAUAUUGCUUUAUUGUGACGGACAAACCUUAUGCGCUGCACAGCACGUGAACAGAGAGUGGAAGGAUAUUGUCAAUUACUUGGAUAAGAAAUACAAGAUUUGGAAACGUAGCUGCAUAGAAGACAUUCCAAAAUUAGAAUUAUUACAAUACACGACUCUUCCUACAACCGACUGGCACCAAAUAUACGAAAAUCGAACAACAUGGCAGGACAUCCAACAAAAUAUUAGAUUCCACACUAAAGUGUUUGAAACGCAGUCCGCAAACAAAGAAAUUACCUGCAUUGCUGCCACAGAUAAAUACAUAGGGAUAGGAUUGGGAUCAGGUAAAAUAAUCGUAUAUAAUCAAGAUGGCGUCCAACUCAAGGAGUUCACCAUCCAUUUGGGGACAUCCAUUAAAUCAAUCCAUUUCAUUACAGAUGAAGAUCAAAAUACGAGCAUUGUCGCUAAUUACUAUGACAUGCUUAUUAUUCACAAGUUGGUUCUUGAAACAUUUGACGCAUUAAACGAAUAUAACUAUGGUGUGGUUGACAACCAUACAGCAUUCGACUUUUACAAAACCUUCUUCAGUGGAAUGUCUUCACGCAGUCCUUAUUUGACAAUCGGACGCUUUACAAACGAUGAUUUGAAUGAAAAUCAUACAAUUAUCGCCAAUAUAUUGAUGCAUGAUAUCAACUACGGCUAUGGACUUCAGUUAAGACUACUCACUUGUAUAUUAAACGAAAAUUUGUGCCUUGUAUUGGCAAUGAAUAUGAUGUAUAUAGUCGAGCGAGAUGAUCAACCAAAUGCUCAGUUUAUUGUGAGAGUAUUAAUGACGAUGCCUGAGUUAGGACGAGAGGGUUUUCGUGGCAUUAACCUUGAUGUUUGGGUGAUGAAUGAAGACGUACGUGUGAGCUGCAUUAGAGCGUUGACUACAAGUGAUCCACAAGUUAUGUAUGUUCAUACACCAACUAAAGAUAUUGAUCCGACUACCAAGUAUUUUCUGCCACAAGAAGUAUUCGAAACUGUGAUAACAUGCAUUCGCUUGCAUGGCAAUACACUGGUCAUUGGCACGUUGAAAGGAUGGCUGUAUUUCUACGAGAUAAACAAGCGCGAGGAUUGGCAAACAUUUGAUAUUGCAAAUUACUCGCAUGCAAUGGAAAUAGACAUUGCAUUUGGUCCAGUGAAAUAUAUUUCUGUUGCUGAAAGAGAACAACGUUUAUUUUACGUUAGUAGUUCUUGGGAUAAAAUUCGAAUUGUCACCGGGAAAAUAAAAUAAACCCAAACAAUA